AGUUCCUCACAACUAAUUCCUUUUUUUUUCUUUUUCUUACAGUCACAGAGACAGCCCCCAUAGACAUAGAGAGUACAUGCACAUCAUCAGCUUUGCUGUCCUUGUUUUUCCAAAGGGAUAUGGAAACUGAUCUGAAACUUGGAACUAGUAGAGCUGUUUCUCAAAAACGAUGUCUUUUAGAUUCAAAUUAAAAGGGUUGUUUUUCUAUAUGUGUCAUUCUCAAGUUUCCUAGUCCCACUCAUCUAUAAUAGCUCUUUUGAGGCUAGGGUUUUCAAAUUUAUUUUUUUAACAAAGGGGGGUAUUUUCAAAUGUUUCCUUCAAACAGCAAUGGUAAUAACAAUGACCCAAUCACUUAUUUUGACAACUCGAUUCUCCCUCUUUCCUUUUUUCAUUUCCCUUCUUCUCCGUAUUACAAUCAAUGCGAGCUAUUACAACUUGUUGAUGACUAUGAUGUUUUAUGGAACCAACAACAACAACAACACUUUGAUGAUGAUGAUGAUGAUCAGUUCCUUCAUCAAACAACCUUGUUGACUGAUAAUUCAGUGUCGGAAACUAUCGUCAACUUGCCUGAUUGUCGUCAUAAUAAUACCACAACCGAUAUUCACCAACAGCCGAUGCCACGAAAGAGACCAGCUGCUUCAAAAACAGAUCGGCACAGUAAGAUUAACACGGCGAAUGGACCGAGAGACAGGAGAAUGAGGUUGUCCCUUGAUGUCGCUCGAGAGUUCUUUGGUUUACAAGACAUGUUGGGGUACGAUAAAGCCAGUAGAACCGUGGAAUGGUUGCUUAUUCAAGCAAAACCGGAAAUCAACAAGCUAAUGAAUAACAACAACAACAGCUUUGGCUUUGCUAAGAGUCCAUCUUCGACAUCCGAGACCGAAGUGGUGUCCGGGAUCGAUAAAGCAGCUGCCAUUGAUGGAAACAUCCCUAAAGGGACACCUUCAAAGAAAGAGAAAAAAGAAAGACGACAACGUAAAACCAGUUUCCGUCCUCUCGCAAGGGAUAUGAGGGUAAAGGCGAGAGAAAGAGCAAAGGCAAGAACCAAAGAAAAGAACAUGUCUUUAAGGUUAAACAAUGAAACAAAAGACAAUGAUCCAAAUAGGUUCGGUUCUUCUUGGAGCUCAACUUGGACCAAACAACCUGGGAUUCAACAUCACCACAACAACAACAACACUGUCCUUCAGGCCAACAACAUAAAUAUCAAUGGAGAUCGCAUGAUUUGGAGCCUGAAUUGUCUGCAAAACACUGGAUUAAUUAACCAAGAGCUUACAGGCUCAGUCCUUUGGUAAACCACGGGAGGCUUAAUCAACAAUAAUAAAAACGAAACCUAUGAACAAACAUGUUUCUUUGUGUGGAUAAACAUUAGAAACAUGCUAUGUAUUUGCUUUGUUCAUGUACUAUAAACAUAUUUCUUUGUGGACUUUACUGUUCAAUGAUUGUUGUUUAAUGUUUUAAGCUUUUUUCUUGUUUCUGUUUUACAAGUAAUUAAAUAAUCUUUAGAACAGUUUGUUAUUUGACAAUUUUGGGUAAAA